AUGGAGGAGCAAUGCAAGAGGCUCCGAAGCCACCAGGAGCAAAUAGACUCUCUGAUGGAAGAAAUCAGAAGUGACUGCGAAAACCUUGAGAAGUCCAAGGAAAAGCUGCAGCAAUGCACUGGAAUCCCGGCAGCAGGAGCCUUGAGUCUGCGCCAGAAGAACAGCAAGCAGCUGAAGGAAGCGUCAGCCCAGGCGGAAGAGGCGGUGCAGCAGGACAGGAUGGAGCGCGUGAGCCCAUCAGUCUUUGCCUCUUGCCACACAGAGUUUGCAGGGCAAGUGUCAAGCCCUCUGCUCUUUCCUUCUGUGCAGGUCCUGCUGGAAAAGCAGAAGGAGAAGAAUUCUUUAUCAGAGACACUGCUCCAAACUCGAGGACAGCUAAGCCGAGCCUGCCAGCAGGUGCAGCAGCUCAGGCAGGAGGUGAAAGAGCAGCAAGAGAAGGGGCAGACCAUCGAGGCAAAGCUGCAAGCUGAGCUGCAGGAAGCUCGGAGGGAAAUCCAGGCAGCGCAGAAGAGGCACAAGGAAGAACUACGAGGCAUCAAAGAGGAAAUGAAUCUCCUCCUUGAGCAGAGGGAGGCUCUACAAAAGCAGGUGGGAGAGUUGACAUCUCAGCUGGCAGCCUCCAGAGAGUCCCAGGCAACGAUUGUUCAGAGAGCCCAGCAAGAUGUGAGCUGGGCCCAGGAGCAGUCAAGGCAGAAGCUGUUGGAGGUUGAGCACCUCCAGAAGAUGCUGGAGGAGGCAGAACAUCAGAACAAGGAGCUGCAAGUGCACCUGAAGAACUUGGAGAUGGAAAGGAGUCAAUGGGAAGAAGUGGCAUGCCAAAAUUCAGGAUUUCGGGCUUCCUUGGACGCCCUGGAGAAGGAAAAAGCCAGGUAA